AAACUUUAUAACUACGUUUUAAAGAUUUUAGAAAACUUGACCAAAUGGAUUAGUUGAAUUAGACCAUCAGAAUAACUAGGACAAUCACAAAUCAAUCCAAUCAUGUAGGAAGUGCUUGUUUUAGAAAGAGAAUAUAUUUAGUUGAAAAUUCCAAAGGAUAAUAUGAACAAAAAGUCAAACUUGGAUGCUAAAGAUGGCCCCAUUUGUCUGUGUCUUUUUAAAUGACAAUGGGUUCAGCCAUCUGAGACUGCAACAACAACCUUCCUCCCUUGAAAAUUCUUUCCCUUCACAGUGAUCAUAGCACCAAAAGCACAAAGUGUUGUGCAAGCAUAAUAGGCUAACCCAAUGUCAAGCAAUCCUUCUUCAGCUUUUUCUGCUGUUUAGAAUCAAUAAAUUAAAUAUCCUUUUAUUGCCAUUCAAGUAAUUCCAUUUACUUUAUUCCCCACAAGAAUUUGACUAUAUUCCUUGCACCAACAACUCCUAUAUAAACACAACCACAUUCAUAUUCAACUCAAAAUCAGACCCAAAUAUAAACCACACAAUUACCAUAAGUGAAUAUCUUCAUUCACUCACCUUAAUGAACAUGCCUUCACCAGUGCGGCCAAGUCAUUCCCCAUCUGCUGAAGGAGAAAAACACAAGGAAUUGGAUAGAGAUAUUAGGAACAUGGUCUCUGCCAUUACUCACCGUGUCAAGGAUUUUCACAAAUCAGGCCCAACCCACCAUUUGGAGAAUGAUGAGGAACAUGGUUUGAGCAUGAUCACCCUUGCAGGAAACAACAAUGGUGCCACUAUGAAAAGUGCAUUGGAUGAAAAAUCAGACACAACUUCUCAUGGUGAUGAGCCUGAGACAUUGAGCACCUAUGUUAACAGCAAUUUCCAAGCCAUCAACAACUCAGUAAUGCUUGGUGGUAGUUACCAAGCCAAUGAUCCAGGUGUGCACUUGGAUAUCUCAGAUUUCUUCACUGAGCAUCACCAAAGCCACCACAUAGCAGAGUUGCAUGGGAAGAAGGGAAAUAAGAAAGAGAAAGAAGCUCCCAAACCCAAACAUUUUAAUUCAUCAUCAUCUGAUUCUGAUUGAGCUUAACAUUUGGUGCUAAAAGAAACAAAACGUGUUGAGUGCCAGAGAAUAUAUGCAAUAUGCACCAUUGAGACUUAAUAGAAUUUAACCCCUUGUGUUGACUGUUAAGCACUAGCUAAUCAUUUCUUGAGUAUAUUUAAAUAGCCAUGUUUUUGUCUCAUGUUGCUUAUGUUGUGUUUAUACCUUGUAUGGUGUCAAGCAAUAAAAGGAGUAUUUUCCCAACAUAUGCAUUAUUGUAAUCCUAAUUUCUAUGCUAAGAAUUUAUAGACAAUAAUGAGCUUUGAGUCAAGUGUCAAAGUUAUUAGGAAACCUAUUUUAUUCUUGGAAAAUAAAUGCCUAGGCCUUCAGAUGUUGAACUAUGGGUGAUCCUUGAUGAUUCAACUAAAGUCUGGUUGCCACUAGUGCUAAAGAUUUGCCGGGUAUUGCUGAAAGAUCACUUCUUACUUUUUGUGUAGUUCCUACCACAGCAGAGCUAGAAAAUAUUUAUAGGGUAGUCAACUAUAAGAUCCAUAACACCAAAAGAGUAACAAUAUUUCGGAUGCUUUUGAUUACAAUAUUUAAAACUAUAUAUUUUUUCAAAAGUGGAAAAACAAAAACAUGGGGUUGGGUCAGGCCAAGGUUGGGAUCUAAGUCUAACUCGGGUGAAUGUGUUGAGACAGUGAGCGUGAGUAAAGAAAUUUUACAUUGAUUAAAAAUUGGAAAUUAGUUGAGCAAUAUACAAAUGAAAAAAUAGCUAACCUAAUAUCUUAAAGUUUUAGAUUGAAUGUAAUAUUAAGUUUACCUAUAUGAUUUCCUUGUGGUUCAUUAAUGAAGAUCUUUAAUAUUUUAGUCACCUCAUCUGCUCUAAUGACAGUAUCAAAGCUGAUGAGAGAGAGUAUAAUCGUGUUUAAACCCUCUAACUGGGGUAGCUUAGUGUUCAAUGCUUUUGGUGGGGUUACAAUUAUCUUGAUUGAAUUAUGUUUAUGUCAUUUUAACAAUUUUGUAGCACUUAUUUUUGUACUUUAUUACACUUGCUUAUCCUACAGUAUCUCCUUACUCUGGGUGCAAAUUUUUGUUCAUACAACUUUCUAUAAUAUUUAAUGAUCAUCAGGUCCUUGACAAUUUAAAAUGCUUUUGAUAGUGUUUGAGAUUUCUUUUCCAUCAAUUUAGUUCUUGAAGAUUCAUUAUUAAGUAUGAAUUCAUGCUAAAUUGAAGAAACAAGACCUACAUAAAUUUCGACUAGAUAUUUUUGCUUUUCGCUAUUUUUGUUGCUGUAAAAUCAGUUAAACUUUAACUUUUGAUAAAACUUGAGAGUUUCUUAACAUUUUCUUCUGUUUAUUAUGCUGUGUGUUCAUCAUUCGAAUGCAUUAUGGACUCGGGAGACUUUAAUUUUAUAAUUUAUACCAAGUUUAUUAAGUUAUUUUAGCAAGAUAUCUAUGGUUGAAACAAAAGUUGUUAGGGCUUCAUUUUAAUAAAAACUAUAAGCGAAAUUAUAGAUUUUAAAGCUGCAGAGUGUUCAUUUGAAUGAUAUAAAAACAACAAAAAAUAUAAGAGAUCAUGAAUUUUUAUUACCUAAAACAUUUUAGAUAAAUAAAUUACUUAAAUCUAAAAGCCAUUAACUGUGUCAAUUUUGGAUCCGAUUGAUACUUAAUUCGAUAUCAAAGCUUAAAUGUAAACAAAUAAAUAAAAAAAGAAAGGACUAAACCUAAAAAAA